AUGGCUUUAGCAUAUCCAAGUCUAAGAGGAAUUAGUCACCGCGAUAUUGCCAUCGCCACGGCUACAACAGCAGAUAGCAUUAAUUGGCUUAAGAGACAUGGCCUUUUGAAUACCCAGAAAAUAUGUAUAUCGUGUGGAGGUACCAUGAGUGAAAUAGCGAAAAAAAGUAUAUCGGAUGAAGUAAUAUGGUCGUGUGGAAGGCCUUGUCGAAAAACCGUUUCAAUUAGAAAAGGAACAUUUUUAGAAAAUAGUAAAUUGAAGUGUCAACAAAUCAUAGAUAUAUUGUAUUACUGGGCCAAAGAAGAUUUAGCCAAGGGAAUAGGACAGGAAUGUCAUUUAGCAAAUGUAGCCGUGACAGAUUGGAGGAAUUUUUGCCGUGAUAUAUGUGCAGAAUAUUAUGUUGCACAGAACAUUAAGCUCGGAGGACCGAACCGAAUCGUAGAGAUAGACGAAAGCGCGUUUGUUAGAAGAAAAUAUAAUGUUGGCCAUCGGGUUAAAACGCAGUGGGUGUUUGGUGCUUUAGAAAGAGUUACCAGAUGUUUAUUAGUGGCAGUGGAAGAUCGGACAGCGGACACUCUUUUACAAAUUAUACGAGAGCGUAUAUUGCCUGGUACAACCAUAAUUUCCGACCUUUGGCGUUCGUAUAAUACGCUCAAUCAGCUAGGAUACAGACAUUUGACUGUGAAUCAUUCAAUAAAUUUUGUUGAUCCG